ACAGUCUGUAUGGGCACAGGCGAACUAUCUAACACUGAAACCACUUGACUUGAGAUGUCGACAACAACAUUUCUAUAAAGCAAAGUAAAGAGUGGUGAAGAUCAAGCGGAGCAAACUGAGAGCAUCACUUCUGCCGCAGCAUGUCGGUGCACUUCGAGGAGCGGAGCGGCGUCGUCCCCUGCGAGACACCCUGGGGCUCCUGGUACCAGACCAUGGAGGAGGUCUUCAUCGAAGUCGAUGUGCCUCACGGGACGUCUGGUAAGGAGGUCAAGUGUCAUUUGGGAUCCAGAGACAUCGAAUUGCAAGUCAAAGGGAAGGAAAUGUUCAAGGGAAAGUUGUUUGACACAACCAUGUCUGACGAGGCUACAUGGACUCUUGAGGACAAGUGUCUCAUCCGGAUCAUUCUCAUGAAGACUAACAGAGAGGCCGGAAACUGCUGGUCGUCCCUGCUGGAGGGGGAGUACUGUGCGAAUGCAUGGGUCCAGGACCAGAUGCAGAGGAAGCUCACACUGGAGAGGUUCCAGCGGGAGAAUCCUGGAUUUGACUUCAGCGGUGCGGAGAUAUCUGGGAAUUUUGCUGGUGGUGGUCCGGACUUUUCCAGUUUACAGAAGUGAUCAGUGUCAUCUGUUUAAUGAUCACUCCUGAGGACAUCCAUUGGAUGAAGAACAGAAGAUUGAUCAGCGCGCCAACGAUGAACAGUCAAAAAGGUUUUGCCUGAGGAACUCAAAUACUGAGCAGCCACGAGACUCAACUGUUUGACAAAGAUAAAUUUUUCACAGCAGCUCUUUCAUCUGGCUUGUUGGAGCCCGAUUUGUCAAGUUUAUUUUGCAAGGCUUAUUAUACAGGCGGAGCAGCAGUUGAUGGAAACGGUUGUAUUUGAUUGUAAAAAGCAUGUGUGAUGCGUUAUUAAAUAAUGAGAAGAAUGCACAAGCAAUAGCUUUUCAAUAAAGUUGUAUUGAAAGGUACAAGUACAUAGGUUAA